ACUUUUAUGGUCAGUGAAGCUGAAGCCCUGCUUCUGGGUUGCCCAUCUCCAAGACCUUUCAGAUGUUACUAGGUAAUGAUAAGAAAUAACUCCACGGUGUGAUGCAGAGACGUGGAAAUUUAAUUGAGGAAGUCUUCCCCAGUGAAAACAGUACCGUCAGACUUCAUCCAGUAUUCUGAUUAAAGCAUGUUGACAGGCGUCGAACUUGGCACUUCUGGAAUAAACUUCCAUGUCUUAGGUCUUCUCAUACCACUGGACAGUACAAAAUGCCUGAAGUGAUUGUGCAGAACACUUCAUAAAAAGAAAAAAAUGAGGUGUGCUAGCGAGCAGGACAGCAGCACCCGUCUGGCAUGUCUUGGGGAGAUAGCUUUGCUGUUUCAAGUUUCUUGGCGGGAUCUGAAGUUGGUGGUGUUUGCAGGCCUCCUGCAGGCUGAGCCCAUGAGCUUUCCUGCCAACAAAACCAGCCUGAUGGAUCACAGCAAGAUUGGGUGUAUCAAUCUGGCCAGACCUGCCAGCCAACGUUACAUAGAGCUCUCUGGUGGGGAAAAAGAGAUGCAGAAAGUGCUGCCAUCAGUCUUCGCUUGCACUUAGCUAGACCCGUUGACAUUCACGGAGCGUAAUGGCAGGAAAGCUUUCCAAAGCCAUUUGACUCCAAAAAUUUGAGUUAUCAUCAUUGUCGUGUCUCGGUCUGACAGGGAAAAUGAUUUGUCGGUCAAAACGUCUCGUAAACACGCACAUUUGAUUCAAUUUAAUCAGAGGCAGUCCCUCACUCUGAAUCCGAAAGGCUCGUCCGCAAGUGAAGGAGGAAUGAAAUUGCAGAUACUUCAGAGCUGCCCCAUCAACCCUGAACCCUGCUGAAUUCACGCCCUGGUGAUACAUCAAUGUUAAAGGGAUGCGACUGGUAAUUCUGCCUGGCCGUUGAGCUGCCUUGUGUCAACCUGUUUCUAACGGCUGCUAUCAAUGACUUUUCUUGCUGGGUGUUCUCAGGUUGCUGCUGCAAUUAGAAGACUUAAUUGGUUUCAAAUGAAAGCCGAGAUUCCUGCAUUCCCCAGGAGUUGGAGUUUUCAUUAAAACCACCACCCAAUAUCAUGAGACUUGCAAUUAAAUUCCUGAGCUGCCAACACAGUUGCAAAACGCAGCAGUGCUACUUUUCCAACUUAAAAGCAAAACCUGUUCCUUUGCUCCGCGUCGUGCGAGUCUGCAGAGACAGUGUGCAGGAAGAUGGGCAGAGGCUGGGAGCACUUUCAUCUUAAUGGGGCUCUGCGUGUGUGUGAGCAUCCCGGGGGGAGCCCUCUCAGGGGGGGAAGAGCUUCAGAGCCCGCGGCAGUGUGCAGUGCCGAUAAGGAGAUGAAACAAUAGCUGCGACACGAGAGCCUUCGCACAAUUACUUGGGCCGCUGUGAGACCUCUCAAACGCUGCAGUGGAGCCCAAGCCUGGAGCCUCUGCAGAGAUUUAGCGAUGCGCAAGCCGUGCUCUGGCAGAGGUGGGAAACCUGAGAUGUCCUUGCUUGAGAUCCAGAAGUGGAGCCAAGGAACCAUUCCCAAACUUCUUGUAUUAUUGAUAUCUCGUUUCCUCAUUAAUGCCACAAAGAUUUAUGUGAAGGGACUUCCACAGUGCUAAUGGAAUUACCCACCUAAAUCUCCUCCGCAACGAUGGCAGGGAACGCUCCGGUUCUCCGCCCUCAUGUUAGUGCUGGUGGUCUUAUUAAAGUGCUUCUGUAGCCAAGCAGCCUUCCUCAAAUGCUUAGAGUGGCUGGAUUCAUCACUGAACCCACCGCCCUGAGAGACAGAAUUGGAGUGGUUUCAUUCACGAAGCCUUGCUGCCGGGUCUCGUUAGUGAAGCUUUCUUCUCUUUUAUCUACCACCCACUGGUCUCCUCACUUGAUCCUGUUCUCCCAGCUGAAUGCUCUGAAGUUUGCGCUUGGUUUUGGUGCCUCCAGGCCGUGGGAUAGAAGAAAAGCUUGUUUGCCAUAGCAACCCCCGUGCUGAUUCUGCUUCUCAGGUACAAAGCACCUUCCAGCAGAUACAUGUCAGCAUUUAACAUGAACUUUAGAAAUUGUUGGUCGUUUAGAGCAAGAAUGAUCUGCUGUAUAAUGAGAUGCCAAACAGAAAAUAAGAGAGAAGUGCACUGCAGCUCUGAGCAACAGUGACAGGAUGAUCCUGGGUGAGCAGGAGAUGAAUCAAUGGAAUUUCAACGAGGGAAAAGGCGGAAGAAACACACGUAGCACUUGGAGUGGCGUGCAGAAAUGCUUGUAGAGGUCCUGACGUGUGUGAGGAGGGUGUUGAUCAUCUUUCUCAGACUAAUCUGCAGGAAUUGCUGACCAUACCGGGAUUUUUCUGUGGGAGAGAAGCAGAGGUGGCCUUUCCUGAAAGCCAAGAGCAGGUGUGCUCGUCGCUAGAUCGCAGCAAGCGCAGCUGCCUGGAGUCCAGCCACAAGUCAGGGACUGUCCCUCAGGACAAAGCAGCAUGGCCUUGCUGUAGCAGAGGGUGAGCAGCGCGGUUACUUCUAGGACCUGCUGUGCGAGAGCUUGGGGCUUGGAUUGGCUCCCGCUUGCAGAGGUGUGUGGUUGUCCAAAGAGAUUUUUCUGGCUGAGAGGUGUCAAACGUGACGCUGUUGUGGGACUGCUGGUCCUUGUGCAGGAAGGGACUGACUGCAGUUUUCAGGGAGCCUGAAACUUCACAUCUGAUGUGCAAGUCCCAUCCCCUUCUGCUAGCUCAGAUGUCAGUAGUUAGGCUUUAUCCGCGUUGCUAAGUAUUGUGAUUGCUCACGGUUAACUCAUCAAAUGAGACGAGAGGAUCUCAUUACAAGGAGCUGCACUAUCUGUUACCCAUGCUGCCGUUUAAAAUGAGACUCAUUUUGUGUUGGAAUUUAACAGCACUGAACGGACUGGAUGUAGGCACAAGUAGUUUAAUUGUCCUGAAAGUCAACUUGAUUUGCCAGACGAAUGAGGAGCUUUAAUAGAGUCGAUGUGAAACCACUGUGGCUAUUCGUCCUUGCACUGGGUGAGGUGUGGCCAGUUCUCUGCCCACUGGCAAAUGGACGCAUGGCUGCUCUCACCUCCACCAGCAACAUCAUGGCUCUCUCGUACAGAAGUCACGUCUCAGUCCCUCAAAGGUGACAGUCAGCCACCGGCUUUGCUGCCCUGUAAAAUGGCAUAAUGCACAAAUUAAUCUGGGCUCAUUCCUAAAUCCUAUGCUGCGUUACUGAAUAAGCUGGACACAAAUUACAAGCAGCCUUUGUCCUUUUUCAAAAUGUCAGGCAGAGCUGCCAAUACUCACUGUUUCUGGAAUAACUAAUUCAGACCAGCAUUUUCUGGUCAGUUCUGCAAAAAAGGCAGUGUCCUAGGUAAAACAGGUCCCUGGUUCCUAAAACUGGGAGAUCCCAGCUUCCUAUAUUCUCCACAAUACCCAAAGCAAAUAUUUUCUCAGGAUCAUAGGUUUUAUUAAAGUCUUAAAUUUUAUUUAUUUUACUUCUCAUAAAGCAUGUAAUGAGUGGAUAGCUGGAGAGAUGGGACAGAAGACCGUAUCAGCACAGUUAUGAGGAAGAAUGUGAACAUUUUUGGAUAGGUAGUGAAAGGAGGAAGAGACUGCCAAGGGCAGGCAAUCCUCAAAGACGGGGAGAAGAGGAAAGACAGGAGUGAAUAUAAAGGCUCUGCAGGCACAGGCAGAAUUUGGGAUGUAAUUUACCAUAAGAUUAGCAAGAACGGGUGCAUUUACAUCGCACGGAAGAUCAAGGUUGGCGGUUGGCAGCCUCCUCCACAGGGAGCAGGAAAGCUGCCCUCUUGUUCUGUGUCUUCCAUCUCAGGGGUCAGCUAAAUGUUUCCAGGGAUGCUUUAUGAUUUCCAGCUGAAAAGUACCCGCUGAGCUUUAACUUAUUCCCUUGGAGCGACUCCUGCUGCCUCUCCCAAAUGCUUGGGUCCCUAUUGCAGGGCUUCCUAGGCUGCACUGUAAACAAUAAGUGGUUAAAAGUCAAUGAGGAAAGAAAAUGCUGGUUAACUAAUCCUAAUCAAAAUUGCUCCUAGACGAUGUGCAAACUCUGAUCCACCUGUGAUGGGCACCGAAUUUUCUUUCAAACUCAGCUUUAGAUGCUUUUUAUGGGCCCUUCUCUUCAGCAUUUUCAUGUGCCUGUUAUUUCUGCCACUGUUUGCUACUGCGGAGUCUGAUUCUUCAGGUCAGGGGACGUUUUGUCACUGACUGCCACAUUGACAGGCACAGGCUUCAGAAGGUGGGGUUUGUUGUUUCUUUUUUUUUUUUUAAUUUGCAAACAGAAAAUGGUAAGAGGAGAAGCACAUGUCUUCUGAUGGUGAUUAUGCUAUCAGAAGCACGUUGGCAUAAUGAAGGGAUAAUUACUAACUAUGCUGGGCUCUGUUUUCACACAUUUAUGACGAUUAGGUGUGGGAGCGGGCGGGUUGUCACUGAUUUUAGGCAAAGCCCUAAAAGGAGUUUAAACACAGAUGGGGAAAACAGUUCAUCCUUCGUAGCCCACCUCUGCAUUUCCAGCAGGAUUCAAAUCACUGAGCAGCAGCAAAUGCACGGCGUGGAGCUGCGCAAGCAAUGCCCGGUCACUGGAAUUCUCCAUGGGAGCAAGAGGCGAGGUGGUAAGUAGUAAAAUACUGGGAGCAUCAGAACCAGCUGCAAUAUCAGAAGGUUUUGUAUCAGCUUAGCACCCUCUUGCAAAUGCAUACAGAGUAGGAAGGCUUUUGCCCAAAUUUAACUUGUCUUUGCUUUGGAUCCUGUACAGUGGUCCCACGCAGAUCUGUAGUUCUCCAUCGCAAAACCUCCAGCCCAUGAUCUGCUGGCAGGAUGACUUUGUCCGAGGGACAGUGCUGGGCGGCGAUACUACCAUGGGAUAAAAGACUUCCAGCACUUGCUCUGCUUCCCACCCUUUCAUACGAUACUGAAAGGCAUAUCCUCGUGCUGCCACUGAGCAGACUUGAAGGCCAGAGACCUCAAGCCCACACCUCCCUGCACAACCCGAACCUUAUUUUUCAAACCUGUCGUUAGCGCUGGACAGCCUCUUGGCACUCAACUUGAAACGCAUAUUUUUCUCCUUAUACGGCCUAAACCACUGACACUGACUAUUUUCAGUGAUUCAAGGAUGUACAUCCCAUGAUCAGUCUUAUGGAUUUGCUCCAGAUUUUGUUGUGUUAAUUACCAUUCCAGGUGGCUAUGAGUUAAUUAGUAAGCUAUGUGUUUCAGGGUGCACUAUGUCCAUAUAUAAAUAAAUCGUUACUGAAUAAAGGGUGCACCGAUAUAACAUAUUUGAUGAUGUGGCAGAAAUGCUCUGGCUUGCACAGGACAAUUGAAAUGUAUAUAUUAUUAGUGACCAUAUGCAGUUCUUUACAUUAAUUGGCUUCAUCUGGAUUUGGGUUUUGGAGGUCUGGGCAUAAGGGGCUUGAUCUGGACUCAUCAGUUAUUAUUUAUAACGGCCUGAUUUUCAUUUCCUUAAUCUUCAGGCCAGCCUGUGCUUCGUGAGAUAUAAUGAUCUUCCCUCAGGUGCUGAAAGGCAACCUGUUUGGGUCUGGAUAUCUGGGAAAGAUGAUACAAAGCCAGCAAGAUCUACCCUUGGUAAGGUGCUACCAGUAUCUUCUGUCCUUGAGUCCAGUGUCUCUCAAGUGUUUUCUUCCUAUUUGUCACCCUUGAAGGUCGCCUUAGCACACAGAUGGCUCCAGUUCAAUGAAGCAUGGAGGAAAGCAGCCAGAACACGGGUGGCAGCCAUCCCCGGCAGCGUGUGACAGAUUGAGAUUUUUUGUGUCACCACUAAGCAGGAAGCAAAGCAUGUGCUCUUUGCUCCCACCACCCAACCUGCAAGUGCCUUCACUCUGGGGUGCCUGCCCCACCUCCAUGGGUAUGUCUGGGCCUGAAUCUGUUGGCUUUUCCAUUCCCCUCCUCUGUCUCCACGAGGCCAAGUUGCAGGGCUGCAUCCUUCCCUUGCAGAGCAGUGCUGGUGCCAGGGAAAAAGAGUGGGAUGAAGGAGGCAGAGAGGAUCAGCAGGGUGUGUGCAGCGACUCUUAUAGAGGCCCUUUGGCAUGGCAGCACCCGCGGACACACACCUUGGUGGGUUCAGGAGCUCCCUGUGGAUGGGGAGGUCCAUAUCUCAUCAAUAGCAUCCAUCCCAUCCUUGCAGCAAGAUCUCUGUGACCACAGCAGUACAUUUCUGAAGAACUACAGAGCGCUUUCUGGCAUUAAAUUCCAUCUUGCUGACAUAUUGGUUGAGUCAAUGCCCCACUCAGCAUCCAGAAACGCAGCCUGGGACUAUUAGCACAGUUCAUAAUUUCAGCAGUGCUUAUGAGCCUUCAGAUUGAGUCGGUUCUCUCACCGGCGUCAGCGUCUACUUCAGCAUAAUUUUAUAUAUAUUUUUUAUUUUUUUUUUUAAAAACUCCUGCCUUCUCCCCCAGACCUCCUGGAGAUUUUAAUGCAUUUAAAUGAAAAAGCUGAACAGUUCCCUUUUCUCAUUCGCAUUAUGCAGCAUUGCCCUUCUCUAUACUUUAUCCUAUUUCAGAGCUGUCGUGCAAACAAAGCCAACUAAAAAAAAAAAAAGAAAUCAUUAAAGAAGCGUGCAUCCUGUCAGCCUUCUGUCUCAGCUCCUUCUCUCACUGUAUGUGCAGGGAGAAAUCCCUUCUCCUGCUUGCCCUCCUCUUUCAGGUGUUUUCAUUUCUUUCCUAGCUGUGAUCUAAUAUUUCUGUGAUUCCCCAGAGUGCUCUGGUCUGCUCCAGUUUCCCAGUAAACAAACCCCUACUCCCUUCCUGCCCCGUCAGGUAGUAGUCACUGUUCCAGGACCACGGAACUACUAUUUUUCUAAUGCAUUUUUAUUGUUUUUUUUUUUCUCUAACUAUUCCAGAAGUGGGAAUUCUCCUUUUCUGUAAAAUCUGUCCUGUGAAGCACCCUGUACUGCUAGGAGAUCCCCUUUUCUUUAUCCAACUGAGUAUAUCUGGAUGAAGCAGUCAUUGUACCUUUUUCCUCCAUCACUGCAGUAUCUGAUUGGUUUUAAUACUAUUUCUUGUUCCCUUUUGUAUCACGAGUCAGUUUUUAAGGAAGACUCAGUGAUAGGUCUUCAACAUGCGUUGCUUUUUUUUUUUUUUUUUUAAAUUGUUAUUAUUAUUCAAGUAUGAUUGCCAGGCUAGCUUAUCUUAGCCGCCUUCAUCGUGCCAAAAAAAAUUAUGCUCUGGUAAGCCUGUCCCUUUUCAUGUCCCUGCCUUUUGAUCAUUUGGCUAUGCUGAACAGUCAUUCUUCUGCAAGGUAACAGCAUGGGUUUCCACGGGAUUAUCAUGUUGGCCGCAGAAAAGAAGUCCUCUUUAGCAGAAACUAAACAUGGAGAAAGUGCAUCCAGCUCUGGGGGUUCAUUGGUGGACAGUUGCUGGUGGCAGGGGGCUGUCAGCGGGAAGCAUCAUUUGCUCUCGCUCUUAGCAUGAGCGUGUGGCACUUGUUACUGGCUCUCCUGGGCAACAACCACAAACUCAUCCCAAACAUACCCAAAAAACCUCCCCAAAAAGGGAAAGCCAAAGGAAAAUGAGGGGAAAAAAAAAAACCAAACCCUAAUGAAUAUCCCAGGAAAUGGAAAUAUGAUGGUGUAGGGCUCAAAAGAGCAAAAUGCAAAUUGUUCUUGUGGGACGAGUUAGUAUCUUGUUCUUGCUGAAGCUCUUUGUGAGAGGAUGAGGAAGUUGGCGGAGCUCUGGUGGGCAGUUUGCACCGAUCACAGAUGGAGAGAGCAAGAGACACCGGAGCAGGUAUGCGACAAGAGGGUCAAGUCUUUCACCCGUAUUCCUCUAGUCUCUGGUAACCCACAGAGCCCCCUGAUGGCCAAGAGACUGCUUUUCCAGAGAGGAAUAUAUCCUGGUAGCAAGACCUCCAGUUUGUGGUAAAAAUAACUAUUACUUCCUUCACAGGCCCACAGAAAAGCACCUGCCUGGACAGCAGGAGACCAGCAAAUCACGGGUAAGAAAGUGGCUCUGCCAACUUCUGUGCAGAAAAACUAUCAGUGAGUUUAGGCUGCCCCAUCUUCACCUCUCCCUGGGAAAACUUUGGAUUAUCUUGAUUUUUAUCUACACAUGGAAAGUGAAAUGGUCUAAAUCUUAAUGAUUUUUGGGAUAGGGGCUGCUUCUCAGUUUCAAUAAACACAUUAGACUCUUUGUCGGUGGAAGUCGCUGUUUGGAAUUCAUGGUACGUUUUAAAGUUUCUUUCAAAGAUUACUUUUUUUUUUUUUUUUUCCCUCCUCUCAUGUAUCUCAGAAGAGCCAGCCUGCCAAACUGCUCCAGGAAGCUCUUCUGGGAUAGAGACAUCCAUCUCGGUGUACGGUCUGUACUUGUGAAGCAGAGCACAAAGCCCUUUUCCCAUUUAAUCCAUAUUAAUUACCUCUCUGCAGCUCCUCUAUAGUUCCCACUCAGCCCUGGCACCAAAACAUGUGCGACUGCAUCUUGAACAAACCGGAGCCUUUUCACUGCACACCUGGUCUCCUCCUGUCCUUUAGCCGUGUGACUGACAUCUCUUUCGGUGCUCAUGGAAGAAUAGAUGCACUCGCGGGGGAAGCAUGAUGCCAAAAAACAAGGGCUUGAGUCUCAUGUCAGAGGCUGAUUUCCUCCGAGACCUACGAAAAGUCACUUCUCAGACUGUCAAAAGGUCUUGCUGCCACAUUUGGCUGUUAGAUCUCCUAAAACCAAAGAAAUCCUGAGCACCCUUGAAUCGGCCGCUUGAGAAAAUGAGGCGCAAGCGGGGAGGAAGAGAAGCGGUGCGGAGGAGGAGGUGCCGGGAUGAGGCACAGAGAGGCUGAGUUGCGUCCAUUGCUCAGCAACAACUGCAGCAUUUCUUUUCAUUACAAGCCCACAAUUAGCAAGGACUUAAAGGCUGGCUUGCUUUGGGGUUUUUUGGAUACUUCAGAAGAUGUACAGUGGGAGUUGUCAUGCAUUUUCUGAAGGAAACGUGUCCUAAGGAGAAGCAGGAUCCACAGACCAUGCCCAUGCUAGUGAGCCCUGGAGGAGAAAGGCAGUGCUGGCAGCACCUUCGUCUGAAAGCCAAAGGAAGUCCUUCACCUGCUUGUCUUGAGCGCCAAGGCAAGGGAAAAGCAGCGGGGAUGCUAGGGACUGGCAGGCCCCUAACACGGACUCUGCUCACACCUUGUUAGCUCCAGUGUGCGACACCAUUUGGGACAUCAGGAUGAAGUGUCGGGGUGCAUGGAACAAAGGGACCUCAGGGAUAUCAUGACUACAAUCAGUGGCACAUCCCUGGUCUUCUGCCUGUUCUUGUUCACCAGCACGUGAGUGUACUACAAGCAACAGACUUCCUCUGAGUGACUGACCAUCCUGGUGGGCUGUCGAGGUCCAUGCUCUUCGUCAUCUUCCUCACAAUCUUUGGCAACUCGGGGAGACGGGGGUCUGGUGAAAGACUCCAGGCAAAGACAUUCUGCAAAAUUUUCACCUGCCUCUUCCUCUGUGAUUCUCGCCUCAUCCGCUGGCCUUAUGUUCGUGUUUGGCCUCUACAAUGUCAAAAAGAUCCCCUACCAAAAGAGAAGGAAAAAGCAAGCGCAGUUUUGUAAGCCCAGCAACUGCAUACCGAAGAAUGGUGUGUUAUGGGAUUGAACAGAUUUCCUGGGGCAGCCAGUAUGAAUAUGGAGUUGAAAAAGGUGUUGAAUAACGCAAAAGAAUUUUUGAUGAUAUACACUGUGUUCCACUUCUGCUAUUGUACUUUUGUGAGAUGGGAUUCCUUUGGACUCACUCAAAACCAUGCUUUCCUGCAGCAAAGGUAAGGAAGAGAAUGAAGCCUUAUGCAAAGGAACUGCAUUAAUGCUGCAGUACAUCUAUGAGAUCAGCUGCUGUUUGCCAGCAGAUUGAAUAGCAGAGCUCUAUUGACUUCUGUGAAACUGAGAAGGAAUUGUAACUAAGUCUGCAAAGCCACGUAUGGAGAAUAACUCUCAAAAGUCAAAAGAAAUUCUGCAGAAGUGCAAACAGAAAAAAUGGAUCUGGCGAACCUUUUGAAAAUUUACAGUAAGUAGAUGUUUGUAGCUAAGAACGACUUGUCUGAAUUGAUGUGGUGAUGACACAGAGAAGCAACAGAUGGCACAGAGCUGUCCCUGCUCCAUUCAUCACGUCAACGACUGGAAACAAUGACAAUACCACACUGGCUCACUCCAACUAAUGGAGCCCAGCAAACAAAUUAGCCUGACUGGCAGGAGGUCUCAGAAAAGUAGACUGAAGUCUGCCUUGGACGGCUCGAGAGGUUACAUGGCUAUGGAUCACAUCGCUGGUGAAAGAGGUGCUCAGUCUGUUGGGAAGCGUUAUCUGGCAGAGGUGCUAGCUGAGGCACUGGAAGCUGUUAAGAGGAAGAAUGCCGUUCUGAUGGCUAAUCCCAGUGCUGUCUGCAAUGGACAUCUACAUCAUCAUCAUCAGAAACAGAAUAACCUCUUAAAAAGUGGAAUCUGUAAGAAAAAUGGAAUUACUAAAGGAAUUAAGAAGAAUGGCAUAUCAAAUGGAACUCUCUACAAAAAAAAAUUUGUUGAGCACUUUGAACAGGCGCCAAUGUAUGUCGCUGUUUUUACUUUCCUGGGUUUUGGAGUGGGAACAAUAUUUGGCUACCUGCGAGAUUUUAUGAGAGCCUGGGGACUAGAAAAACGCAACGUUGCUACAGAGAGAGAACAACAAAAAGACUUUGUGCCACUUUAUCAAGAUUUUGAGAACUUUUACACCAGAAACCUCUAUAUGAGAAUACGGGAUAACUGGAAUCGUCCAAUUUGCAGUGUCCCUGGGCCACAGUUUGACCUCAUGGAACGCGUUACAGAUGAUUACAACUGGACGUUUAGGUUUACAGGAAGGAUUAUCAAGAAUGUAAUCAAUAUGGGUUCUUAUAACUACCUCGGCUUUGCAGAAACGGAUGUUAAUGCUUUGAAAACUGUGACCAUAGAGUUACAAAAAUAUGGGACAGGAAUCUGCAGUACCAGACAGGAAAUGGGCACCCUAGACAAACAUGUAGAACUGGAGAAACUUGUGGCCACGUUCCUUGGUGUGGAAGAUGCUAUGGUGUUUGGCAUGGGCUUUGCAACUAACUCGAUGAAUAUUCCAGCCCUUGUUGGGAAGGGCUGCCUCAUUUUAAGUGAUGAGUUGAACCACACUUCUCUCGUUCUUGGUGCGAGGCUUUCAGGUGCUACUAUUAGAAUCUUCAAGCAUAAUAAUAUUCAGAGCCUUGAGAAGCUGCUGAGGGAUGCAAUAAUAUAUGGGCAGCCUCGAAGCCGCAGAGCAUGGAGAAAAAUUAUCAUCCUCGUGGAGGGCAUUUACAGCAUGGAAGGGUCCAUCGUGCGCCUGCCAGAGAUAGUCUCCUUGAAGAAGAAAUACAAAGCCUACCUCUACUUGGACGAAGCUCACAGCAUCGGUGCAGUGGGCGCAACGGGCCGAGGAGUUGUGGAAUACUUCGGUAUGAGUCCUGACGAUGUUGACGUAUUAAUGGGAACAUUCACAAAGAGCUUUGGCGCAGCUGGAGGAUAUAUAGCUGGCAAAAAGGACCUUGUGGACUUUUUACGAACUCAUUCUCACAGUGCUGUCUACGCCACAUCUAUGUGUCCACCCGUAGCAGAGCAAAUCAUCAGGGCAAUGAAAUGUGUCAUGGGACUAGAUGGGACAACACAAGGGCUCCAGAGGGUGCGCCAGCUGGGGAAAAACACAAGAUACUUCAGACGAAGACUGCAUGAAAUGGGCUUCAUCAUUUAUGGCAAUGAUGAUUCUCCUGUUGUCCCCUUACUCCUUUAUAUGCCUGGUAAGAUAGGGGCUUUUGCAAGACGCAUGUUAGAAAAAAAUAUUGGGGUCGUUGUGGUUGGAUUUCCAGCUACUCCUAUCACAGAAUCCAGGGCUCGGUUUUGUGUGUCAGCUGCACAUACACGGGAGAUGUUAGACACGGUUUUGAAUGCUCUGGAUGAAUUGGGUGAUUUCCUACAUCUGAAAUAUUCCCGGUAUUCCAAGUCAUCUCAUCCCGAACUGUAUGAAGAAACUAGGCUUGAACUUGAAGAUUAAGUUUUCCACACAUGAAGAGAACAUUAUAAUGCUAUGAAAGGGGGGAAAACCCGAAAACUAAAGAAUAAGAACACAUUUCUUCCCUUCUAAGGACAAUUUUUGUUUCUCAGUUAAUUGAAAGGAGGGGAAGCUCGGGUGUUGCAUUUUAUUGUAUCAAAUUUCUGUAUUCAAGAGACUGAAAUAUUGAUACAGAUUUGCCUCCCCAGGAGAUCUGUCCUUCUUACGGUAUUUUUGAUGCAGAAUGAAUGCAUCCAUUGCUCGAGUUGCUAAUGUACAGCUUUUGUUAUGGCCCCUUUUUAUGAAGAGGCUUCAGAUAGUCUUAAUUGUGACUGAAAUAAUAAAGUUUAAAAACUGAAUGUAUUCCAGCGUAGUAUGGUAACAUAGCUGAGCUUCAUCGGUAAGAUUGACUUUUAUCUGCUAAAGAGCAUAAAUCAAGACAUUGGUGUGGACUGCUACAGAGGAAUGAACAGAAAGUAACCUCUUUAACUAAGUUGCCCUCUCGUGCAUUUCUCCAAGGGCAGAAAAUGUUAGAAGGCGGCUAACGCUGAGAACAAGAAAAGUAGCCUGAUCAGAUCAUAUAUUUCUGACAGCAGAUUAUGGGAAAGGGAAAAUGCCUCCUCGCCUCCACAGAUCCUUUCUCAGGCACUUAAAUACACUAUAGGCUUCAUAAUGUAGAAAAGUUUGGGCUUAGCCAUAAACAGAAAUGCUUUUCUGCUAAAACGUUUGACCUACAGCCUUUCACAUCUUAUCACAACGUAGGUUCUUCAGCAGGCUUGCUCCCUUUUCAUGUAGCAGUAGUAAAUAAUUUUAAUAACCAUUUAACUUUCCCGUAAAAACCUUGAUCAAAACAGUCAGAUACUUGCAGUUCACAAACUGCGGAUGACAUUUAUGGGCCCGUUCCUAAGUUUCUUGAACUACUUAUGGGCUUAAUAAAUUCACUAACAAGUACAUAAUGCCGGAGCUGUUAGUUAUACAGAAUGUGAAGUUCAAGAUACCAUAAGCAGUUCUGCCACCUGUUAAAUUGAAAACUCCGCCAUUCCUAAAUGGGCUAAAGUCAGCCACUUAAUAAUGAUUCUUGAAAUGUUCUUGUCUGGUUUGUGCCCGUCAGGGGUUGCUUUACUUGCCCAGUUGCAGACUCUUUUGAGUGGUUUGUUUUUCAAAUAAUUGGUUAUGUCAUCUGAGGGGGAAGACAUCCUUGUCCCCUUUUCCACUGCCCGAGUGACAAAUGCUCAAAGAUGCUUGAAGGAGUUGUUACAGCCGGCAGUUGCCCUGCGAUGCCCGCAGUAGCGUUAUUGUCAGGCUUAUGUGGGCUGAGUUGUUUGAAGGAGAUUGGAGGCUUUUUCCCUUUUUUGCAGCGCGGAAAAGCGGUUCUGCAGCUUUAAGAAUGAACUCCAAACCAUUCCACGCUAUCAAAUGUCAUUGUAAACACAUCAGAUGAGAGAUGUUUAGCUUUCUGUUGCACAGAUGUACCACACUUUCAUGUUCUCUUGAAAGCUGUGGUGUAAACUUAACCCACAGCUGCAAUAUUAGAUUUAAGAACAGAACAAUUAAAUUGCGGAGUACCAAUUACACUAUAUUACUCCCUGCUUGUUAAAGCAGCUUUCAGGAUAUAACAAGGCUGAUUGGUUAUGAGGGCCCAUUUUUUG